UUUGGAUAUGAUGGAUUCUAUCACUAAAAACCUAUAAUAAAACGUUUAUCCUGUUAUGUUCAGGGGUCUAGUUUACAAACUAUAUCGACCUGGAUGGUAUACUAUUUUUGUUAGGAAACAGUUUUAUCAUACCAGGAAAAAACAUACAAGGAAAAUACAGUAUUCUGUUGGUGUAUUCACAGUUUUAGCUAUUUGUGGAGCUGUUGUAUAUUUUGAGUUUAGAUAUUUAGGAAACGAGUUUUCCAAAGUCACUGAUGUGUUUGAUACAGAGAAGAAUAAAUCCACAUAUAUUUACUUGGAUCCUGAGAAACAAGAAUCUUUCCAAGACACAAAGAAGAGAUCACAUGUGAGGAAAAUCAAAGACUUUAUCUCAGAGAAGUCAGUGAAACAUUUACCAUGGAUUUAUACAAAGAAGGACAAUCCUAAAUCUCUAUUGAAAUUGGCAAGAUCUUCCGAUCAGGGUCUCAGAUGUCUUGGUGUAAAGCAGCUAUCAAAACACCAUGAUUGGGAAGACUACCAGUAUAGAAACAUAGCCCAGGCUUUAGAUACUAGAACGAUGAUUGGACUAGCCAGAUCUCAGGAUGUGGAUCCAAGAUUUUUCUUACCAAUGCCAAAAGCACCACCAAGUAAGGUCUGGUUAGAAGAUGAGUAUAGGACUUUGAUAUCCUCACUACAGAACGAAGAUUUAGAUAAAUGUCUCAAACAUUUUUCAACAAAAGCAUUGCAGCUUGGCAAUAAUGCUGAUGAAAGGGACAGUUUAUUCAGUUUUGGGGGAACAGGUUUAGAAUUUGCCAAGUCAGUCAGUUCUGUUCCAGAAGAAAGAGUAGAGAUUGUUUGUUUACAGGCUUUGGCCAGUCAUUCUGCAGAUUUUAGAUGUUGUCAGAACAUAAUAAAGAUGGGAGGCGUACAGUUGCUACAGCAGACGUACACCAAAAGACAUAAAAGUAUUGUUAUACGAAGACAGAUUGCCAAAACUCUGGGAAACCUUUCUGUACAUCAAUGUUUCCAUGAAGAAAUUGUUAGAGCAGGAUGGGUAACAGUUCUAUCGAGAUGGAUAUCAUCAUCUGACUUAACCUUGUCUCUCCAUGCAGCCAGAACAUUAGCUAAUCUAGACACAGAUUUUGUUUCUUGCACGUAUGACGAUGGAGUCUACCUCAUUCACCCUAUAUAUAGGCAAAAGGAAUCUAUAAAUGCAGAUAUUGUGUUUGUUCAUGGCUUGCUAGGAGGACCAUUUAAGACCUGGAGACAACAAGAUCGUAAAGGACCAGGGGCAGAUAAAUCUUCAGAUGGUACAGAAAGUGUUAAAAAAGGAACCUAUACAUUCUGCUGGCCCAAGGAUUGGUUGGCAAAAGACUGUGGUAAUAUUCGUAUCCUAUCUGUGGAAUAUGAUACAGAUCUUAGUACCUGGAAUGCUAACUGCCCUUUUGAAACAGAGAAGAGGUCUCUAACUGUGAGAGCAUCAAGCAUAUUACAGAAGUUAAAGAAGGCAGAUAUAGGCUCCCGACCUAUUAUAUGGGUUGGCCAUUCCAUGGGAGGCUUACUUAUCAAACAGAUUCUGUCUAUUGCUGAUGAUACUCCAGGCCUUGACAAUAUAGUAAAUAAUACAGUGGGUGUGUUGUUUUAUAGUACUCCUCAUAGGGGCUCCAGCCUGGCUCAUCUGUCUAAUCAGGCCAGCCUUAUUGUAGCUCCUACUGUGGAAGUCAAAGAAAUGGGUAGAGAUUCACCAAUGUUAAGAAGACUGCAUAAAGAUUUCCAACAACUUGUUAUGGAACAUGGAAUUCCCUGCCUAAGUUUUGGAGAAUUAGAGAAAACCCAAAUAAGGACACCGAAACUGAAAAUGCUCAUAGUACCACCAGAAUCUAGUGAUCCUGGUAUUGGAGAAUUCCAUGCUAUGAAAACCAGUCAUCUGAACAUAUGUAAACCUUGGGAUAAAGAUUCAGAACUUUACACAGAAACACUUAAAUUUAUACGACGAUGUCUACUUCAGGGCAGAAUAGAAAACAUCCUAAAAGCUGGAAUGACAUUCAAAGACCCUGAUAGAUAACAGUGUGGAUAGACAAAAUCAAUCAUUGUACAGUUCAUUCAUCAUGUCUUAUUCCUAAUUCAUUCAUCCAUACCUAAUAAGGGGUUUAUUUAUCUAGUUGAAGAUGUUAGAAAUAUUUGUUGUUUUAUUCAAUAAAGGACAUUGACUU